UAACUGUGCACACGUUUUUCGUAAUACGAGGUGUCAAAUAUAAAUAUGGAUUCAAUAAAAGCCAUACAGGAGUUCAAAAAACUCGUUUCUAACGUCGAAAAAAAUUCGGUUAAGGAAUUCCUAGCAUGGAUCCAGUGUAAUAUCGAAGAUGUGUAUGAUGCCAAUAAUUGUCCAAAACAGAACUCGGACGUCAUGCUGGACUCAAUACGAGAGGAGAUGAGGGAAAUGUUGCCUGUCAAUGCCACAUCUCCCACAGAACGUAUCCUAACACCUGUGUCUGGACCUAAUUCAGACUGUGAUCCCAGCACUACUGUACAUGUGGAUGCAUUCCUGUAUGAUGAUGAUGUCAUUGACAGUCUGUGUGAUGAUGGGAAGAUGAGUAGGAACUAUUGUCAGCAGUGUGGCUCCAAGGAGAUCAGUCCACUAACUUUUAUAACCCACUCUGCGUCUGUAAAACAGAUUAAAUACAUGUUCCGUCAUCUUCUGCCAGACCUUGGUGGGAAAGCUGUGCUCGAUGUUGGAUCUAGGACGGGCGCAGUACUUUACGGAGCAUAUCUAUACAGUGAUGCGAGUAGAAUAGUUGGUGUGGAAUUGGACAAAAAGUUUUGUGAACUACAGCAAAAGAUGGUGGAAAAAUACAAGUUCUCGGAUAGGAUAGAGAUUUUGCACCAAAAUGUGAGGGAUUAUGUACAGUACCUGAAAGAUUUUGAUGUUAUAAUCCUGAAUAAUGUUUUUGAAUUCUUCAUGAACAUCAAAGUUCAGAGACAAGUUUGGCAAUCACUGUAUAAACACAUAAAGAAACCAGGAACAAUGCUGAUCACCAUCCCAGAUGUACAGGAAAGUCUAGACAAUAUACAGAUGGAUUUAAAUCUGUCAAGAUGGCUGAAGGAGGUUGAUGUGAAGGAGGUGUGCAAACAAGCAAAUCUUCUACUGUACGGUCAGGAGGAUCCAGAUGAUGAAGAACUCUCUUCAAUUCACCUCUACGAAGUCCUACCCAGAACUUAAAACUAUCAAUAUAUUUGUUAGUUAAUCAAUAAGCAGACAUCACUGUAUCAAUCCAUGUUAGUUAAUCAAUAAGCAGACAUCACUGUAUCAAUCCAUCUAAAUGACCAUAUUCAGCAUGACAUGCAUACUUUAUACUUCUUGUGAUAACACUACUGUGAUUAGGCAAACUUCACCAUACCUAAAUAUCACAAAAAAACCCCGAUAUUUCUGGCAUAUCAAGAUAUUGUUAGGUCACCUGAGAUGAAGUCUUUUAUCCAGUGGCGUCUGUCAUAAACAAUUUACAUUUUUGACGUCUUCUCAAUAACCAAGAGGGUCAAGAUAUUAGGCCAGUAGCAUGCUGGGAUGAAAGGCUACAAAAUUUGUUCAAAUCAAUGGUCACAGAGGUCAAAUGUGUUACUUAUUUUAUCAGUUUCUCAAUAACCAAGAGGCCCAAUUGAAUGACCUUGAUUUACCUUCAAAGUCACACUGGUCAGAUGUGUAUAAUUCUUAAUUUUGAAUAACAAAAUCAACAGCUAUUACCUUUAAGGCCCAUGUGUCUCGUUUUCAUGUAUUUUUGCUGUAUAUCUUUUAUCCCAACAAGUCAUACUGAACAUCAUUUUAUACCUUACCUGUGAUAUUAUGGUUAUUAAGUGUAAUUUAAUGAAGAGCUCUAACUGAGCUAGAGUGAGAGUCCGAGUGUGUGAUGCUCAGUUGUUUCUCCUAAUACAUAUGUGUAGUGCUCAAUGUUGAGGAUUAUCCAUUUCAAAGUGGGUUUCAGUGUGGAAAAAUAAACUAAAAUUGCACUGCCUGUUUUGCUCUACUUUGUUUUAUUUAGUGAAUUGAGAAAUAAACAUUUUACAAUUUGA